AUGCCUGAUCUCAUCCAAGGCUCCAGGUAUACGGACGGUACUUUUCCUUCCUCACACUCUGAGUUUAGUAAAGGUCGCAAAAUCGCAAGAUCGGAAGGUUGCAAGGUUGCCAGGGUUGCAUGGGUUCCCAAGUUCCAAAGUUCCAAGGUUCCAGAUGUUUCCCAAAGACUCAAAUUGGAAACCUUUUUGCACAAGUUCGUCAACGCCGAGCCCCCUGUAAAAUGGAAAUGUAGAGUUUCGUUUCUCGCAGCUUUGACUACCGGACUAUCUGAUACCUAA